AGAGAGCUGUUACCAGUGAGAGAGAGAGAGAGAGAGAGAGAGAGAGAGAGAGAACGAGAGAGAGAACGAGAGAGAGAGAGGGGGGGAGCCAGAGAAGAGAGAGAGGGGCAAAGAAUAGAAAGAGCAUUGUGUUGCUGCUGAGAGAGAACCCAUGUCUGCACAAAGAGAGAUGAAAGAGAAGAACCCCUGGCACACGCCUGUGACCAUCAUCAUCUCUGUGAUUGCCGUCAUAGCGAUUGUUGCCUUGGUGACGGUAGCAGUUUUGCAGAACAGGCCCCUCCCCCAAAAGUACAAGUAUGGGAUUGUGCUGGACGCUGGUUCCUCCCACACAGCUCUGUAUAUCUAUGAGUGGCCGGCAGAGAAGGAUAACAACACUGGAAGAGUUGAACAGACGCAUUCCUGCAAAGUCAAAGGUCCAGGUAUCUCCAGUUAUGCGUCAGUUCCACUGCAAGCGGGGGAGUCUCUGAGAGCGUGCAUGCAGGAGGCUGAGCAGCGGGUCCCCAGCAAAAGACACCAGGAGACCCCUCUUUAUCUGGGGGCUACUGCAGGAAUGAGACUACUGAAUAUAGAGAACAGCUUGGCGUCAGACCAGGUCUUACGGGCCGUGGAGGAAGCCCUGCAAAAGUUCCCUUUUUCCUAUCAGGGAGCGAGGAUAAUCAGCGGCCAGGAAGAGGGCGCCUUCGGUUGGGUCACAGUCAAUUACUUGGAUGACCGCCUCACGCAGGGCUUGCAAACCACAGGUGCCCUUGACCUUGGAGGGGCCUCCACUCAGAUUAGCUUCAUAUCUGAUAAUUAUGAUGGCUCAGAGUCACCGAGCAACUCUGUUUCCUUCCGACUCUAUGGAAAUGAUUAUAAUCUCUACACUCACAGCUUCUUGUGUUACGGGAAAGACCAAGCACUGCGAAUGACACUGGCACAACAGACACAGUCAGGCCCAGAAACAGUUUUAGAUCCUUGUUUCAACCCUGGCUUCAAUGAGACAAAGAACUACUCAGUCCUCUAUGACAGCCCCUGCGUGUCAGAUCGGAAGCCCCAGAAAGCUCCUGCAACCUUCAAUCAUCUGGGGAAAGGAAACUUCCAACAAUGCCAGGAAGCCAUCAAAAAUGUCUUCAACUUUAGUUACUGCAAGUACAGCGAAUGCUCUUUCAACGGGGUCUUCCAGCCACUUCUGCAGGGGCAGUUUGGGGCUUUCUCUGCAUACUACUUUGUGAUGAACUUCCUCAAUCUGACUGAUACAUCCAUCCCUCUGGACACUGUCAAGGAAAAGCUAACACGCUACUGCUCUACCCCUUGGAAUCAGAUAAUGCAGCGGCAUCCAGACGUAAAGUUGAAGUAUCUGGCCGAGUAUUGUUUCUCUGGCACAUACAUCUUCACCCUGCUAACAGAAGGAUACAACUUCACCUCAGAGAGCUACUCCAACAUAAAAUAUAUCAAAAAGAUAAAAGGCAGUGACGCAGGCUGGACGCUGGGCUACAUGUUGAAUCUGACCAACAUGAUUCCAGCAGAGGCUCCUGACUCUCCCCCUCUGCCCCAUGCUGGCUACGUCUCCAUAGUCACCAUCAUGGCAAUAGUACUGUUCAUCCUCUUCAUCCUCAGCCUUCGCCCUCUCUGGCCACGCUGCUCCAAACGGCCUCAGAUCAUAUAAACACACAGAUGUAAAGUAUCUAUGAUGGUAAAGAAGGGAAUGUACAUGAGGGCUUGUGAGUAUGUACUGUGGCUAUUCUACUGAUAUGUGAAUACGAUGGAGGGAGGUGAAAGGUCGGGGUGAGCUGCAAAGCGACAGUCCUGCAGCUUGUUCAAGGACAUUUCAGAAGGACAAAUACUUUCAUUGGGGAGUGAGUUCUGCUACUGUGCUUGAAGGACAGUUCCUGUGUUUGUGUGUAUGUUUGAGUGUGAAUGUGUGAAUUUGAAUGCGUGCUUCGAUGGUUGUGCACCCACAUCAGUCUGCAUGUAUGCGUCUUGAAUUAUGAUGUGAAUAUGAUACUGUAUAAAUAAAAUAACACAAGUUUAUAUAAGAUGUUUGAUUCGCUUGUCAUUUGUAAAUAUAUAAUCAGUUAUAAAAUGUUUAAUGUUCCAUGAUUCAUUUAUAUGCACUUUAUCCAGAGAGUAGAGUGGAUUUUUAUAAAAACUACCAUUACGAAGUUCUGCUCUUGAUUAAAACCCA